AUGUCUUUCUUCAAAGAUUAUGAUUACCUCAAAAUUGAAAUGAAAAAGAUUUUAUCAGCCACCAACAACUUUGAUUCCUCUAAAGUAAUCGGGAGUGGUGGGUUCGGGCAGGUCUACAAAGGAGAGCUGUCUCUUCCAGAGGGACCAAUUAUGGUCGCUUUUAAAAAGUUAGAUCGUAGACUGGGUCAAGGGAAUAUUGAGUUUUGGAAGGAGGUAAUGAUGCUCUCAAAGUACAAACAUGAAAACCUGAUCUCUCUCAUGUACUAUUGUAUUGAGGGUGAUGACAUGAUCCUUGGAUACGAGUAUGCUUCUCGUGGAAGCCUCGAUCGCUAUCUAAAUGAUGCUAGUCUCACUUGGACCCGUCGCUUAAAGAUAUGUGUUGGGGCUGCACGUGGACUAAAUUACCUACAUGAUCCAAGGGGGGGACAUGAAAGAGUUUUACAUCGGGAUAUCAAAAGUGGAAACAUCCUUCUUGAUGAAAAUUGGAUGGCAAAAGUUUCCGAUUUUGGCCUAUCAAAAGCUGGCCCAGCUAACCAAGCACACUCAGUUCUUGUUUCCCAUCCAGUUGGUACUCCCGGGUAUUGUGACCCUUUGUACUGGGAGACGGGUUUCGUAUCAAAAGAAUCUGAUGUGUACUCUUUUGGAGUCGUGUUGUUUGAAAUUUUGUGUGGUAGAUUGUGUUGUGAGUAUAACAGAAAAAGUGAGCUAACUAACAUUUUUGUUCCCAAGUGGAGACGGUGCUACGAAGAGAAGACCUUAGAUGAGAUAAUCUUUCCUGGUCUAAAAGAACAAAUGGAUCCUGGUUCAUUGAAUGCCUUUUCAGUCACUGCCUAUCAAUGUGUGAAGAAAGCUCGAGAAGAGAGGCCAAUGAUGGCUCAGGUUGUGAAAGCACUUGAGUUUGCACUUCAACCACAAGACGUUUUUGAAGUUCUUGGAAAGAAAGUGGAUUUUGAAACUUUGAUCAAGAUUGUAGAUGGUGCGUUAACUUCUCUUCUUAUGUAUCGCAAGGUCACCUUUACACAUUUUCUUGAAAGGGAUGUUGUCCAUAAUUCUUUGAUUCAAAAGGAUAUAGAACUCUAUUUAAAAUAA